AUGGCAUUCCUAGUUGGUAAAUGGGAGGGUCCUCCUGUUGUUGAGAUGGUCCCUCCUGCACUGUCCACUUUAAGAGGUGUUCCAGCAAAUUUUACCUGUCACGCUAAAGGUUUUCCUUGGCCAACCAUUAAAUGGAUGAAGCAGAAUGGUUCGGUUGAAAGUGAGAUUUCUGCCAACAGUGCCAAUUUCAAAAUAAACUCGCAUCUUGGUUCGUCCCAGUUGAUCGUGCAGAAUGCUUCAACUGCAGACUCAGGUUACUAUAUCUGCAAAGCUUCGAACUACGUGUCUGAUACUGCAAGAGCCUUCCUUGGAGUUGUAUAUCCAGCUUUGUAUGAGGAUCAUGGUUUGUGUCCCACAAGUUUUGUUGCAACCAAAGGCGAGUCUGUCCUAAUGUGCUGUCCUGUCAAGGGGUUUCCACCUCCUCAAGUUAUCUGGGAACUGCCCAAUGGAACUCAGCUUGAGACAGGAAGCACUCUUUUGCAUGUCAGAGUCAACACUGAGAAUGACUUUGGAUGCUACAAGUGCACUGCAAAGAGUCUGGAAAAGAAUGAGCUUACAGCUAACAUCACCAUUCAUAAGAAAAGUAAGUACAAACUUAGGAUUUAG